AUGGCCUCAAAGAAGGAUCUCCGACGUUUCGACCUCAUCGUCCCUUACCAGGAGCCCGCAAAAGACAAAAAUGAUACCGACAUGUCCAGUACCAUGGCCAGCACGCUCCCAAUGGCCGCCAUCUUCACCCGGAACAAGAUGAUCGGCUGGGUUGCUGUGGUCUUCUCCAUCCAGUCGUGGCUCGCCGAAACGGCAGAGCAGAAGCAGUCAUCCACCACCCCUGCGUUCUUCUCCGUUGGAAUGGCCCUCAUGUCUCUCGUCGUUGGCUACAUGCCACUUCUACUUCCACCCCAGCAAGGUCGCGUUCUAGGGGGCUCUGGUACGGAAGCUCCCGCGGCUGCACCCCCUUCGUAA